AUGGCCGCCUCCCCCACCGCCUCCGCCUCCGGCUCCGUGGCCGCGGCGGCGGCGGCUGCCUCCGAGGCCAACGACGGCCCGGUGCUCUCCGUGGUGACGAAGCGUCUCCGCGCGCUGCGCAAGAAGCAGAAUCGCAUCUCGCAGAUGGAGGAGUCGGUCGCUGCCGGCAAGACGCUUAACCAAGAGCAGAAGGAGGUGCUCCGCUCCAAGCCCAUCGUCGCGGCCGUCAUCGAGGAGCUCGAGCGCAUCCGCGCUCCGCUCUCCUCCGCCCUCGCCGAGGAGCUCUCCACCAUCCCCGCCCCCAGCGCUGCUCCGGCCACUGACGCCGGCUCCUCUUCCUCUGGCUCCGAUUCAUCCAUCCAGGACCUCCUCGCGCUCGUCUACUUCGGCUCCCUCUUCGAUGUGAAGCCGCAGAGCGAGUUCGUCACCACCAUGGUUGCGCGCACGCAUGAGCGCAGCUGCUGCAUCACCUAUGACUAUGUCACAGAUGAUGCUGCGGAGCUGCUCGCGGAGAGCGACCUCGACGCGGUGGCUACUGUGGCCGCCCUUGCUGCAGCCCGCCCUUCUAAAGCAGUGGGUGUGACCCACCGCGACGCUCUCCAGGCCUGUGCCCACCAUGCCCGCCUAUGGCUCAGCCGUGCUGAUGAACCGAUCAGUGCUGAUUCCUCUGUUACAUACGCUGCGGUGAGGGCUAAGUUGGACAGGAUCAUGGCAUCAGAUUACUACACAGCACAGACUGAGAUGAGUGAUAUGGCGGUUGCUGUUGGAAGCUAUGGAGCUGGAGGUGUGCAGCCGCAGGAGAGCAUAACUGUGUCACCAGAGGCACCAGCAGUGGAGGAAAUAGCUGCUGAAGGUCACAAGGAUGAGAAGGAAGAUCCUCAGGAGACAGAAAUCUACAAUGAUCAGUCCAAUGCAGCUGAUGGCCAAAAUGUGGAUGGUGAAGCUCCUGUGAACCCUCCUGAGGAAUAUCCCUCAGCUGAGGCAGAGCAGGAAAAAUUUGAAGAUGGGGAUUAUCAAGAGCAGAGGAAUGUUGAGCCAAAAGACCAACAGUUUCAGACCCCUCGACGAUCUUACCAGAACCAGCGAGGUGGUGGUCGCGGUACUGGCAGGAGGGGCUACUCUAAUGGCCGUGGUGGUCGUGGAGGCCGGGGUAUGGGUGGUGGAUACCAGAAUGGUAGGGGAGGUGGUGGUGGAUAUCAGGGUGGGGGUGGAUACCAGGGAGGUGGUGGUGGGUACCAGAAUGGCCGGGGUGGCAGAGGUGGCUACUAUGAGGAGGGAUUCUACCAAGAGAGGAACUUCAACAACAGAGGCAGGGGUGGUCGCGCCGGUGGCAAUUCUUAUUACAACAACCAGGGAGGAGGUCAGCAGGGAGGUGGCCAUCCCCAGCCAGGGAGAGUUGAGCUAGGCGCAAACGCUUAGCCUAACUAUUUUUCUUGGGUGUCAGGUGAGGGAAGGGCAUGUCGAGUCUGGGAGCCAUUUUGUUAUUAUAGAACUAACUUAGCCUGUUAUUAUGUCGAAAUUCGCCCCAUCUGUGAGUUAUUUUGUUGCUCCAAUGACUGCAUAUGGUUGGUCGAUAAUGUGGAAUACUGUUGGAAGUUAAGCCUCGAAAGAUCUCUUUCAUGUGCUUAUGUUCUGCCUGUCUGUCAAAAAGAUUUCCUUUUGGGUUU